ACAUAUCAAUCUACUAUGUUUUAAGAAAAUAUGAAAAUCUUAAUCUGGUGUCUUACAAUUUGUGUUAUCACAAGCAAAGUUUAUGGAGAAUCUAAAGAAUCGACAAAGAAGAAAUCAUUAUCAAGAAAAGAGUUAUACAAGUAUGGUUUCAAAGUGAAACGUGGUGAGCAAGUGGAGGGAAUAAAAAGAAUUCUCAAGAUUGGGGACUAUUCAAAAAGAUAUUCCAUGGUCAAAAUAUUGUUAGAAAAACUUUUCAAGGUUUUGAUCUCAGCAAAACUAAAAGUCACAGAGGGUGGUUACAUCCCUGGGGAUGAAUUUCCAGAUGAUCAAGAAAAACUUGAUGACUUGGGCCACGUCUUUGAAAAUGUUGCAUUUUUUGGUGAUUUGUUGCUAAGAUGUCCGGACAUCACACAUAAGCUGUAUGAUAAAAACCAGGAAUGGAAAAUUGCGAUGAAUUGGGGUGUAGUUUUUUCUAACGAAACCGACAUAUUUACCGGUGCAAAUGCAGUGAUGCUGAAUUUGGUUGCACAGGAAUUGGAAAUAAUCCCAAGAGAUGAAAAUUAUGUUAACCCAUACAAAGAAGCCAACAUAAAAGCCGAGCAAAGAAAAAAGCAAAAAGAAGAAGAACGACUAAAACAACAAAAGGAGGAGAGCAAGCAAAAGAAAAAAGUAAAGAAGAGACGUGGUCCACGCCUGGGAGGUUCUUCUCAAGAGUUAUGACAAAUGACAAACUUGAUGUGUGUAUGAUUUUUUAUACAAAGCUUUCUACGCUUUCAAUCUUUCGUAACGGACAUUUCGUGAACAGAAUACAAUUCUUUGCAAAAAUGUGAUGCAAAUUUUUACGAAAGUGUUGUUAUUUUGUUACCAUGUAGCCGCAUCAUGUUCACGCUACUAAUAAUUCGAAUACAGCUGGUAAACAAGGUUCAGAAUUGCAAACUGAACAUACUUCGCUGACCGAAGUAGAAAUCGUACAUGUUUGGCGGGAAACUGCACGUUUUUUCUAUUUAUUGUGGAACAACCCAAAAAAGAUUUAUGUGUUUGACGAUUACAUAUUCAGUAGAUUAAAUGGUUUGAUAAUUAAAUAUGUCGAAGUGGUGGUUUGUUGGAAGGAUUUAUCCUCUCUGACAUCAUGCACCAUGAUUAAAAUUCUUUGAGUAUCAAUUCAACAUUGUUCCAAAAUGUUUGUUUUUGCCGAGACUAUUUAAAUUCGUCGGUAUUGUUAGAACUAGUCAUACAUAGAUAGUUUAGCACCCAUUAAUCCGAAAAUGCACAAUACGUCUGCUUAGAUGUACUCAUACAUUUUUUUCUAAACCCAUUAGUUGUUUAUAAUUACAUGCUUUAUUUAUAAGAAUAUCGAAAUUCUAACCAGGCUGGUCAAUAGGUCUAUUGUUCUAAAAAAUGGACCUUUUGUUUUUAACCUAACAUCCCAGCCUGGUAUUCUUAUGAAGCACAUUCUUAUAAAAAAAGGGGUGUAUCGCUAUGAACGUACGCGAAAUAACACGAAAAAAGUCGCGUAAAACAUCAUUGUAACAUAUGGUUAGCUUUUGAUGCACUAGAGGGUUAUUAAAAAUCAUUUUUCAUGCGAUAUCCACAGUUAACAAACCAGUAAUGAAUAGUGUGAUUUGAUUUUAAUUUUUUUAGCCAAAUUAACUGAAAGCGUGGUAAGGUUAAUAGAUUUGUAGUAAUGAGGAAAGAAUGUAAUUUUUUGUACAUGGAAGAGAUGAUGUCGAUUAUA